UCACCAGAUCCGCACUCCUUCUCUCUCACCGCUUUAGUUGCUGUGCCACGCUACAGUCUUCCCAUCUUUGCGUCAGAGUCAGUGUUACCAAAAAACAAAAAAAAAUCAAUCUCUCCCCCAAAACCCUAGCUCCCAAAAUACAUAACCAGAUCUAAAUCUAUCCCGCCCGCCAUUACCGCUUUCUGUCCUUCUCCCUCUCCCAUGAAUAGUCGCGGCGGAGAAGGAAGAGGCAGGGGCCGAUUCCUGGGAACAUCUCGAUACGACGACGGCGUCGGUGGCGGUGGAAGGCAGGGGAGCCACCCGCCGUCGAGGCACCUGUGGGUGGGGAAUCUAUCUCACAACAUAGAAGAGACCGACCUGACGCGGCACUUUUUGGAGUUCGGCGAUCUCGACAGAGUCGCCUUCCUUCCUGGCAGGAGCUACGCUUUCAUCAAUUUCAAGAACGACGAGGACGCGAUCGCGGCGUACAAAGUUCUCCAAGGGUUCGCCGUCGACGGGCUCCCUCUUAGGAUCGAGUUUGCCAAGGCGGACAAGUCUUCGUCAUCACGUGAUGAAGACCAGACACAACAAAGUCCCAGUGAAGUUUUGUGGAUAGGCUUCCCAUCUGUACUCAAAGUCGACGAAGCGAUCCUAAGAAGGGCCUUCUCCCAAUUUGGUGAGAUAGAAAAGAUCACAGUUUUCCCUGGUCGUAGCUAUGCAUUCGUACAGUUUAGAGCAUUGUCAUCAGCUUGCAGGGCUAAAGAGUCUCUCCAGGGGAAGCUGUUCGGUAACCCACGCGUCCAUAUCUGUUAUGCCAGGAAUGAAGCGCGGCCGAGAUCCCCUCGCUUACCUGGAGAUUCUUCUGAUGGUGGUGGUUGGAGGAGGUUCGACGAGGAGCGAGGACCGCUAGGACCGCCGCCAAAUGUGUAUGAGAGGCGUGGUGGGGCGCCCAGGGGAGAUGGUCGAAGGGGUUCCUUGUUGUACAAGGAAGAACCGUGGGAUUUGCCUGUCGAAGAAGAUUCUUCGUAUCCUUAUACCACUAACAAGAGGCUGAAGACGGGAUCUUUCGAGCGUGAGCUUCCUGACUAUCAUCCUUACUCUGACCAAGAGAGUCGACGUGCACCUCCAGGGGGUUUCACCGAUUUCCCUCACCAGCCGGAAGGUCUUGGGAGGAAUGUGGAUCGCCCGGCAGGGGAACCUUUUCCUGUAGAGAGGAAUAGGUUUGGUGGUUCCUCUGAACCUCUAGUACCAAAGCCGUCGUUGAAGUUGUGGCAAUGGGAAGGAGCUAUAGCGAAGGGAGGGAGUCUGGUUUGUCAAGCUCGUGCGUUUCCCGUAGGGAAAUCUAUGGAGAUCAUGUUGCCAGGAUACUUGGACUUCACAGCAAGAACAAGCCUCGACAUGCUUGCGAAACACUACUACCAGGCACCUUCCGCUUGGGUCAUCUUCUUCGUCCCAGCGAGUGAUGCUGAAAUGGGACACUACAACGAGUUCAUGCACUACCUCGGCGAGAAGGAACGAGCAGCCGUUGCAAAACUCGAUGAAAGAACCACUUUGUUCCUCGUGCCACCGUCUGAUUUCACAGAGAAAGUGCUGAAAGUUCCAGGAAAGAUGAGCAUUUCUGGCGUCGUCCUAAGAUUGGAGCCUCAGGUUUCGCCACCUCAUGAACCGAACUUGCACCUCCAAGGGAAUGCUCAUAUGCCUUACAAAGCAACAUCUCUUCCCCAGCCGGAUUCUUUGGGUAUGCCGCCAGCUGGAUUCUCGGGAUUGGUUCAUCCGUCUCAUGGAGGGAACAUGUCGAAUCUGUAUGCUGAUCAUAGGAAUGAAUAUCCUCCUCCUCCCCAGCCGCGGAGUAGAACAGCCAUGUCCCCGCAGCAGGUGUCUGGUGCUGGAAAUGAUAUGAUGUAUCAUCAUGAUUCUCACUACCAAGGAGCAAUGCGCGAAAGUAGCUCGGGCCAUUAUGCCGUUGGAACAUCAAACAACAUGCCCAUUCAGCAGCAGCCGACACCGCCUUCGGUUCCUCCAGGCCUCCAGCCACAUCAGCUGGCGCAGUUAGUAUCCUCGCUUCUCGGGCAGCAGAGCCAGCUCGCAGGAAGCAAUCCAGAACCAUCAGUGAUCGAUGAUCCGAGGAAGGGAAGAACGUUGGCGGCACAAACACAAGACUUGCACAACAACCAGCAGAAUUAUGAGGCUAAUUCUCAGUAUGGUCAACUGCAGCAUCUGCAGCAGCAGCUGACGGCAAUAAAUAGAGAGUUGCAGUCCACAGCAGUGGGGCAAAUGAAUCAUCAACCUCCGUCAGCAGUUCAAGGUGGUGCCGCCGGUUCACAAGAAGGCGGUGCCGGCAAUGUUAAUAGGAUGGGGGCGACAUUGGAACUUGCAGCAACUCUUCUUAAACAGCUUCAACAAGGGAAGGGGCCGUAGGUAGAUAACCGUUUAUAACAUGUGUUUAUGUUGUUUAGGUCUUGAAAAGGCUUGGUAGUUAGUAGCUUGUAUGAACAAAAGAAUACUUUCAUGCUUUAGUGGCUGUGGUUGGUUUUGAUUCUCUUAUGGUGCAAGUUGCACUCCCUAACGCUCUUCUAGAUUCUUAUCUGACCAACGAAUGGAUCCACUCGUGGAUUAACAAGGAUUGUAAAGCUGUAUGGAAGGUUGUACUAGAAAAGGUAGUAGUACGGUAUUUUGUGCUGGAAUCAUUAUCUAAUCGUGGUUAGGGGUGGGCAACUGAUUCGAUUCACAUCGACCGAAUUGGACCGAAUCGACUCUCACACUGAAUCGGAU